AAUGCCAUUGGCUCAGGGUGUUGCUAUUCUCCAAAAGCAUUGUCGUAUCAUCAAAAACGUGCAGGUUCUUUACAGCGAGCAGUCGCCACUCAGCCAUGACCUCAUCCUUAAUCUCACUCAGGACGGAAUCAAACUACUUUUUGAUGCUUAUAACCAGAGACUAAAGGUCAUUGAAGUUUAUGACUUGAGUAAAGUUAAAUUGAAAUACUGUGGUGUACACUUCAACUCUCAGGCUAUAGCUCCAACCAUAGAGCAGAUUGACCAGUCAUUUGGAGCAACCCACCCUGGAGUGUACAAUGCAGCUGAACAACUUUUUCAUCUCAAUUUCCGAGGGCUUUCCUUUUCCUUUCAACUGGACUCCUGGAAAGAAGCUCCAAAAUUUGAGCCCAAAUUUGCCCAUGGCCUGGCUUCCCUGCAGAUUCCCCAUGGUGCUACCGUGAAACGCAUGUAUAUAUACACUGCAAACAGUCUACAAGAUACAAAAGCUCCUAUGAUGCCACUGAGUUGUUUCUAUGGUAACGUGUAUGCAGAAACUGUUGAAGUAUUAAGCGAUUUCAUGGGACCCCUGGGCCUCCGUCUGCGACUACUGACAGCAGGUUGUGCCCCUGGAGUAUUGGCAGAUACAAAGAUGCAUACGUUUGAACGCUGUGUGUAUUUUGGGGAUUCUUGCCAGGAUGUGUUGAGUGCACUGGGAUCUCCACAUAAAGUCUUCUACAAGUCAGAGGACAAGAUGAAGAUCCACUCUCCAUCCCCUCACAAGCAGGUUCCCUCCAAGUGCAAUGACUACUUUUUCAACUACUUUACUCUGGGAGUGGAUGUCCUGUUUGAUGCCACCACACAUCAAGUGAAGAAAUUCGUCCUUCACACGAACUACCCAGGUCAUUACAACUUCAAUAUAUACCAUCGCUGUGAUUUCAAGAUCCCACUUGCAGUUAAACAAGGUGAGAUCCCUUUCUUUUGGGGAUUGUGGGGGAAGGUGCAUUGCGAUAUUUGUAAAGUAGAUAAUUCCACAAUUCAAGUCAGUUGUCCUUGGUGGAAGAGGUUGCAGCUCCAUGAUUAAAUGAUCUUCCAAGUGGGG